AUGGGAGGAAUAUGUUAGAAGCAAAUUAGCAUUGAAGAAUAGGGAAAUAAUGAAAAGAAACAACAUAAAUUCUUAAUAAAAGGUCCACCUAAAAUUCAAAAGCCUAUUCCAAUAAAAAAUUUAUAAUUUCAAGUUGAUGAUGUUAUAAUAGAGAAAGAAUAAUGUAUCUCAAUACCAAAACUUUUAUCUUAAGAAAAGGAAUUUAGAAUAACUGAAUAAGAAUUAGCUAUAAAGGAUGUUAAAAUUUCAUUAGAAGAAGAGAUUCUCUUUCGUUAAGAAAGUGAUUAAUUAGAGCAGUAAAACAAUUCAAAAGAUGAAGGAAAUAGUCAGAAAAAUUAAGGAAAGGGUUCAAAUAAUGAUAUUUCUAAACAUAAAUCGAUUCUGAAAAAUAAAGUUAACAAUGGAUCUAACCCUUAAAGUCCUAAGAAUCAAUUAAAAGAUUCUUUAACAUCUGGGUCAUAAAGAUCUAUAAAAAAAGUAACUUUUGAUAAAAAGCAGAAAGUUGCUUAUAGUAGUUUUAGAAAGAUAAAGCUUGAUUGA